CGCCUCCAAUUCCAUGAAAUCGGACAAAGCAAAGGGGGUGGUUGCUUUGCUUUCUUGUGUGGCUCAGGCUCGCGGUCUCAGUUCUCAGUCUGGCUUCGUCUCUGCUCCCCUAAUCCAUUUGAACGACGUUGCCCAUCUUCCAACGACCAACAAAGUAACCUUUCCCACGCCAUUAUAAUGCCAAUUCCUCUGCUGAUCUGUGUUUUCAACUGAAUUCCGGAGGUUUAGUUUGACUGAAUGAGCUCCCAUGCCUUUGUUAGCUGAGAUUUCUACUACUCAGCCUGUCUUCCACAGUUUUUCUCGUACCUUCACUGUUCAAUCAUGCUUUCGUGUUAACAAGUCACUGGCUUCACUUACUAUUUGGAAUGAAAAGGAGUUUUUCUCUUCUGGGAAGUCCCUGAUUUUACCGAAACSGGUGAACUUCACUGAGAUUCCCAGGCGGGGGAUUUUUAUUAGAGCGGUUGCCACCCUUGAAUCCAUUCGUGUGGUUCAUGAUGGGAACGGCCAAAGAAAGGGGUGCAAUGAUUCUGUGGGGGAAUUUGGGAAUUCUCAGGUGGGUGCUACUGUUGCCCCGAGUUCUUCAGACGUUCGGCUUGCAUCCUCCAGUGGAGAUUCGGAAGAAUUGGAUGCGAGAGAAAGGUUGAGGCGAGAGAGGAUUUCCAAAGCAAAUAAAGGAAACACGCCGUGGAACAAAGGGAGAAAGCAUAGUGCUGAGACCCUUAAACGAAUCAAGGAGCGAACAAGGCUUGCGAUGCAGGAUCCUAAGGUAAAAAUGAAGUUGGUUAAGCUUGGCCAUGCUCAGAGUGAAGAAACAAGGAUGAAAAUUGGGGUUGGAGUGCGAAUGGGUUGGCAAAGACGCCGUGAGAAGCUGAUAUUACAGGAAACUUGCCACUUUGAGUGGCAGAAUUUAAUUGCUGAAGGUUCAAGACGAGGCUACAAGGGUGAGGAAGAGCUGCAGUGGGACUCCUACCAAAUCUUGGAUGAAGAACUGAAAAAGGAGUGGUUGGAGAGUGUUGAGCAACGGAAAAAAAUGCCCCGGCCGGUUGGAAACAGGAGAGCACCAAAGUCAGCUGCGCAGAGGAGGAAGAUAUCGGAAUCCAUCUCUGCAAAGUGGGCUGAUCCUGAAUAUCGUGAUCGAGUCUGCUCUGCCCUGGCUAAAUAUCAUGGCACACCUGCUGGAGUCAACAGAAGGCCAAGGAGAAAGCGUAGCGAAAGUACAGAGACCACAAGAAACACACAGAAGAAAGAAAAGAGUGAGGUCAACUCUUCUUUUGCAGGUGGGUCUACAAUUGAAAGUCAACGAUUGAGACUCAGGAAAAGCAAAGCACCACGGUUUAAAGACCCUUUAGCGAGCUCGAAGCUGGAAAUGAUAAAGAGUAUCAGGGCACAGAGAGCAAUCGCAGAAACUCAAAAAACGGAAGCCAUUGAGCGAGCUAGACUCUUGAUUGCUGAAGCUGAGAAGGCCGCCAAGGCCCUUGAGGUUGCUGCUAAUAGAAGCCCCAUUGCUCGAGCUUCCCUAUUGGAAACGAGAAAGCUCAUAGCUGAAGCAAUACAAUCAAUUGAAUCCAUAGAUAUCGAGCAGAUGGCAUCACCACAGACUGAAGAACAGAGUGCAGCAGCCUCAUACUCCCACCAAGCGGGUAUCCAAAACGACGAGGGAGGUUCACUUGCAGGAAAAGAAGACCAAAAUGGUGCCGUUCAACCAGUGGCAAACGGGACCCAGUUGUUUCCAUCGAGCAUAGAUAAAGAUUUUGAUUUUAGUAAGUUCAGUUUGCAGGAUCUACUUGGUGGAGAGAAGGAACCUCCAGCAAGCUCCAACGGGUACGGCGUAUCUCAUUCAAGUUUUUCAACUCUGACAAAUCACGUUAAUGGGAGUAAGCCAUCUGACCAUAAACCUUCCUUAAAUGUGACCAAACUUCGCCUCCUGGAAGAGAAAGCGGAUUCCCAAGUGAUUACUUUCACUAAGAAAUGGGUUCGUGGGAGACUGGUUGAAGUAGCCGAAGGAGCUUAGUGAUGUCUAAUGAAGCACAUUUAUUUAUCUCAACUGUGUAAUACAAACUAGCUGUUUCUGUUGAGUUUUGGAGCAUUCAUGAUAGUCAUGUAUCGACAUUAGAUCAGCAACCUCUGUCUUGUUCGACUUCCUAUUUAAACAAUCUCAACAGUGUAGGCUGUGAUAAUUCACUUGCUCCCAUUGACAAAACUACUAUUUGCCAGAGUUCU